UUUAAUUUAACUUACCAAAAUCAAAAAAUAAUAUAAUUAUAAAUUUUUUAUAUGACAUAAAUUAAGUGUCUUUGAUGUCGUAAUUUGGAUGUCGUAACGCCAUCACAAUUCACAACUAUCAAAAAUAAAUAAUCAGAAUAUCGCCCAAUUUAAGAAAAGCCAUGGAUGACGAUUUGGAAGCUAUCCGAGCUCAACGAAUGGCACAGCUGAGGCAAAAUCCGCAGGUGGGUCCAGGUCAAACGGGCGCAAACGAUCAGGGACGGAAUGCGGAGGAGCAAAAGAAGCAGGAAGCAGAAAUGCGAAACGCAAUCCUGGCCCAGGUUCUCGAUCAGUCAGCCCGAGCGCGCUUGAAUACGAUCGCAUUGGCUAAACCAGAAAAAGCCAAAAUGAUUGAAAACAUGGUGAUACAAAUGGCCACUCGGGGCCAGAUCGGCAGUCGGCUCUCGGAAGACCAGUUCAAGCAUAUUCUGUCACAGGUCCAGGAGCAGACCAAAACCACCACCACUGUCAAGUUUGACAGGCGGCGUGCCCAGCUGGACGACGAUGACGAGGACAAGUACUAAUUCUUGAAUUUUGUAAAAGAAUUUGUAACACUGAUUAUUUGGAAUGCGAUUCUCAUAACUUUGUUCAGUUUGUUGUAAUCGUCUGCAGAAUAACUUACGUAAUUAUGCAGUUUCUUUUACUUUUUUAAAGUCAGUCCGAUACAGAAGCCACUGAAAUUUUGUAUAAAAUCAGUUCAAUGGAAA